UGGGACAUGGCCGAUGCUGCCCAGCAACUGUUGGUCGCACUGCGCGAGGAAGAUCCGCGGGCUGUGGAGGAGCUGCUGCACCUCGGGGCGGACCCCAGCCUGGUGCUGGAGGAUGGCGUGGCGGCGGUGCACCUGGCGGCCCGAGCUCGCCGUCCGCGCGCCCUGCAUUGCCUCCGGAUCCUGCUGCGCCGGGGCGCCGACCCCAAUGCUCGGUCCACUGAGGCCCUGACACCCGUGCACGUGGCCGCCGUGUGGGGCUGUCGUGGCGCCCUGGAGCUGCUGCUGAGCCGAGGGGGCGACCCGACGCUGCGAGACCAGGACGGGCUGAGGCCACUGGACUGGGCUCUGCAGCAGGGACACCAUGACUGCGCAUGCCUGCUGAGGGAGCUGGACACGCCCACCCGGACACGGAAGGAGACCCUGGAGCCAGCUGGUGAGCAGAGCUCAGGGGAGCAGCUCAUGCGCAGAGCUGAGCUGGCAGCUGCUCGUGAGGUGGCGGUGGAGCCCGGGAGUCCCGAGGCCACUGGGAGUGAGGACUGCAGCAGCGAUGCCUCCUUUGUCACUGCAUCGGAGGACUCUCUGCAGCCCCAGCGCCCUGCGGGGACACUGGGGCCCGCAGCCAGCCUGUGGCAGUCUGGUGGGGCUGAGGCAGCUGGGAAUGGGGUACUGAGCUGCCAGCUGCAGGCCCUGACGUUGACCACAGGGGCCACCAAUGUCCCAUCCCUGCCCGGUGACGGGGACUCGGGGGCCUUGCAUCCACACGGCUCAGUGCCCCCCAUGUCCGACCUGCAGCUGCUCCAGGCCUUGCGGGCACUGGGCCACAGUCCUGGCCCGGUUACCCCUUUCACCCGUGGACACUACUUGCGGCGGCUGCAGGAAGCCCAGGCUAGCCCGGCUGUUCCAGGGCACAGCCCAGAACUGGCGGAGGUGCUGAGAACAGGCCACGUUCCCGACUGCCAGGCGGAUGAGGCCGCCCUGGCUCAGCACUUUCAAGGGCCGGAUCCCAGGAAGAGGUGGCGGGGAGGCGUCACCAAGUCCAGCUUUACAUAUCUUCUUCUUGACCCCAGGCAGACGCAGGGACUGCCUGCCCGAGCCUCCUCCCUCACACUGGCCGAGUGUCUGCAAUGUUUCGUGGGAGCCAUCUUCUACGUGGGCAAGGGGACCCGUGCCCGGCCGGAUGCCCACCUCUGGGAAGCCCUCGGCUACCGUGAACGCCCAGGGAAAAAUGCCUGUCCCAAGGUACGCCGGAUCUUAGACAUCUGGGCUAGCGGCCGCGGUGUCCUUUCCCUACACUGCUUCCAGCACACGGUGGCCAUGGAGGCGUACACGCGGGAGGCCUGCCUGUUGGACGCCCUAGGUAUCCAGACACUGACCAACCAGAAACAGGGCCACUACUAUGGAGAGGCUGCCUACUGGCCACCCACGAAGCGGCGGCGCUUGGGGGUGUAUCUGCUGCACCGCGCUCUGCUAGUUUUCCUGGCUGAGGGGGAACGAGAGCUGAGGCCGCAGGACAUCCAGGCCCGAGGCUGAGUGCUGAGGACAUGAUCGUGAAGCAUGAGCC